CACCCGCACUCCCGAAUUUCAAAACAAGAACCAAAAGUUUCAAAAACCCGCCGUCCCUUCCUUUGCACAUUCUCCUAUAAAAUCCACUGUUGCAGCGACUAGCCGGCACGAUGCGAUCAUCCAAUCCCAAUCGUUUCAAUCGUCUAUUCACAACGGGUCUGGGCUUUGGGUCUCCGUCUCCCCUCCCUCUCUCUGCCUCUCAUUAGCACCCUCCUUCCCAUGGCGCAGGUUUCUCAGUUGCCUUGCGACGGCGAUGGCAUUUGCAUGCGCUGCCAGGCCAAGCCUUCCGACUUGGAGACGAUCACUUGCAAAACUUGCGUCGCCCCUUGGCACGUCGGCUGUCUCUCAAAUCCCCCUCAAAUCCUGGCAUCUACCCUUCAAUGGGACUGUCCCGACUGUUCCCCCCCACCCGAAGAUGCUUCCCUGCCUCCACCCGCCAGCUGUCCACUUCCCGUUACGCCUUCCAAUGACCUGGUUGCUGCGAUUCGAGCCAUUGAGGCCGAUGCCUCCCUUACUGACCGCGAGAAGGCAAAGAAGCGCCAGGAGCUCCUCAGUGGAAAGUCUCAGUCUGAGAAGGACGAUCAUGAUGCCAACGAAAAAAGAGGGGACGAUGUUUUGGAUUUAUUCGACGAGAGAUUGAAGUGCUCCUUUUGCAUGCAGUUACCAGAAAGGCCCGUCACUACUCCAUGUGGCCACAAUUUCUGCUUAAAAUGUUUCCAGAAGUGGAUUGGACAAGGAAAAAACACUUGUGCAAAGUGCCGCUGCGUGAUUCCCUCCAAAAUGGCUAGCCACCCCCGUAUUAAUUCCACACUUGUAGUGGCCAUACGUAUGGCAAAAAUGUCAAAAUCAAUUAUUUCUGGAGGAUCUCAGAAGGUUUAUCAUGUUGUCCACAAUCUAAAUAGGCCAGAUAAAGCCUAUACCACUGACCGGGCACAAAAAAAAGGGAAAGCUAAUGCUGCAAGUGGAAAAAUAUUUGUUACAAUUCCAUCUGAUCAUUUUGGUCCUAUUCUUGCUGAAAAUGAUCCGGAGAGAAACCAGGGUGUUCUGGUUGGGGAAUGCUGGGAGGAUAGGUUAGAAUGUCGUCAGUGGGGUGCUCACUUUCCACAUGUUGCAGGCAUAGCAGGGCAGUCAAAUAACGGUGCACAAUCAGUGGUACUUUCUGGUGGUUACCAAGAUGAUGAAGAUCAUGGGGAGUGGUUCCUCUACACUGGAAGUGGAGGUCGAGACCUUAGUGGGAACAAGCGUACAAGCAAGGAUCAGUCUUUUGACCAGAAAUUUGAGAAAUCAAACAAAGCGCUACAAGUUAGUUGCUUGAAUGGUUAUCCUGUUAGAGUUGUUAGAUCUCACAAAGAAAAGCGUUCCUCAUAUGCUCCAGAAAAGGGGUUGCGGUAUGAUGGAAUUUAUAGGAUUGAGAAGUGUUGGCGUAAAGUGGGAAUUCAGGGCUUUAAGGUGUGUCGGUAUUUGUUUGUUAGAUGCGACAAUGAUCCUGCACCAUGGACAAGUGACGAACAUGGAGAUCGACCUAGACCCUUACCUGCAAUUCCAGAGUUAAAAAAAGCAACAGACAUUACGGAGAGGAAGAAAGAUCCUUCAUGGGACUUUGAUGAGAAAGAUAGUCGGUGGAAGUGGAGCAAACCUCCACCAACGAGCAAGAAGUCAGUUGAAACUGAAGAUUCUACUUCUGGGAAGAAGUCAAGGAGGAGAAUGAGGCAGUCGCAUAAUAUGAAUGUUCGAGAAAGGUUACUGAAAGAAUUUAGCUGCCUUAUUUGCCGGGAGGUGAUGAAUCUGCCCAUUACUACGCCUUGUGCCCAUAACUUUUGUAAGUCAUGUUUGGAAGGUGCUUUUGCGGGCAAGUCAUUCUUGAGAGAGAGAAACAGUGGUGGACGGGCUCUUAGAUCCCGGAAGAAUGUCAUGGCUUGCCCUUGUUGCCCGACGGAUAUUUCUGAUUUUCUACAGAAUCUUCAGGUAAAUAGAGAAUUGUUGGAUGUGAUCGAGACGUUGAAAAGUAAGAUUGAAGAAGCGGAUGCAUCUGAGAAGCCCUGUGAAGACGAGAUAGAAGGGGAAGGGGAAGGGGAACAGGAACAGGAAGAGGAGGGAAAAGAUGGAAGCAACGGAAAUGAAAGCAGCCGCCCUGUGGAAACAAGAAAGCGAGCAAAGGUGGUGGUUAAUGGUGGGGAGGAAAAUGAUUCGCCGUCAAGCCCCGUCCACGUGGAUGAUUUGGAAUGAACACAAGUGAUGUUGGAUGAUGUGACGAUGGGCUUGGGUAGUGGUAUAAUGUUGGGUAGAUGGGCGCCUCUGUCAUUUGAUUUGAAGACAAUAUUGAGCAGCUAUGUUUAGUUAUUGGAGACGCUAGACAGACACAGGAUUACUGUAUUUUUUUUUUUUAAAAGAACUUGUGUAAAUGGUUCAGUUGUACUUGUAAUACACAGCAAUGGCAUCAAUACACAGCGAUGGCAUGAUGGGAGUCGGUUGGAAUGUAAAUUCCAUUCCCAUUUCAACCUCA